AUGCACCCGCUCGCGAUGCACAUCCGGUCGCCAGCCAGGGGCUGGCGCGGGUUUUUCGCGUCGUCUUCCGCGUCGGCGCAUGCUUCACCUGGCGAACCGCUUCGCUUGCCUCGGGGCUCCAGACUCUCCACGGCGGCUCCCUCUCUCCACUUGCGGCGGUCGCCUCGCGGCCGUCGCAGCCUUUCGGCAUCGCCGGUCUCCUCUCCCUCGCUCUCCCAGCCCGCGCCGAACGCAGUCGCGCUGGCGCCACGCGCCUCUGCUUCUGCUGACGGGCUGGCGUUGUCCGGCUCACCCUGGCGCAGGCGACCAUCCCUCGCGCCCGUCAGGAACAGAAUCCCUCGCGGCGGGAAAGCAGGUUUAACGCAGGCCUGCUCCACUCGGGCGCCGCCGAGCGAGUUGUGCCCCUGUAGCCCCUCGUCCUGCUCCCCCGAGCUCCCAGAGAUGUGUCCUGCGGCGCGUGACAGCGCGUCGUCUCUGGGCGCCUGCAGAGGACGACCGCAGCGGUGCGUAGCGGGCUCGGAGCUGUCGAGGGGGGGCGCGAGGAGUCAAGGCAGGCCCUUGGCAUUCUUCGACUCCGCAACGGCAUGCCUCAGGGGGCGUCUGAACGCGCCCUCUGAGUGCCUCGCAGGCGCGGCGCAGGGACAGGUUCGCGCCUUUUCGACGGCCGGCGCGGAUCACGGGGCCUCAUCGGCGGCGGCGGAGGGUGAAUCGCCGAGCGGCGAGGCGUCUGAACAGGCCUCCGCGUCGCCAGCUGCUGCGCGGGGGCAGCCGCCGAUUCUUUCGCGCGCGAUGCGGCAGGCGUUUCCAUACGUCAUCCCAGUGUUUCAGCCGCUCCAGGCUCUGUCGGCGCUGCCUGCCUCGCAUCGCGGGGUCUCGCCGAAGAGCGUGGAGCUCCGCUCAGUCUCUGUGCGGCUCGCGCACGUGCUCAUGCCCCCCUUCGCGCCGGCGACUGAAGACCUGUGGAGUCUAUACACGCGGCGGCUGCUCUGUGAAUCCGCCGACGCUUCGUCUGCGUCCGGGCGGGAGGCGGAGGAGCGUGCCGAGCGGAAGACCGAGCGCGGCCGAAAGGGCGGCGUGCAGCUGUCUGUGGACCUGGGACUCCAGAUCUCGCGGUUGCUUUCUUCGCGCAACGUGGUGCUUUCUGAAGCCUGGAGAGCUCUCUUUGCGUCGCUCGACCCUCUGCUUGACGAGCUGCGACAGCGCGAAGGCACCAGUGCCGCCGCGGGCCGCGCGAUGGUGUCGAGCGAGGCAGGGAAACAAGCGGACGGCGCCGAGGCGCAGCGGAAUGAAGGCGGCGCGGGCGCGAGAGACACGAAGGAAAACAAAUUCGAAGACGUCCUCGUGAAGCUCUGCGAAGCCGCGAACCUUGUCCGCCACGAGUGGACCUGGGGCAUUGAACAACUCAUGAACUACUCCAGGCGCCAGAUGCCUCUCCUGGAGGCGCCGCAGGCUGCGCGACUCCUUCAUGUGCUGGCCUCGAGUCCGAGCACCGACCAGACCGUGGUGGCGCGGCUGGCGGAAGCUUUCGUUUUCCUCUGGGAAGGCGACUUGACUGCGAAUAUCGAGCCGGCGCCGGCGAUGCAGCUUCUCGAGACUCUCGCAAUGAAGAAGGCGGUGGAGCGCGACUUCGUCAGAGAGCUGUCACGACGGCUUCACUGCUACCUGCACCUCGGCCUGCUGACACCGUUCGAGAAGACGCAGCUAGCCGUGGCGUAUCGGCAGCUGGAGCUGCGGCACUUUACGUUUUUUCGGCAUCUCGCGGAAGAAAUCGUCCAACAGAACUCAGCGCGCCAGCGGCUGCUGGCCCUGGGGCGUCGCGAGUUGUCCGCCGAUGAGCUCCAGACCUCGAAGCAGCGGCAAAGGCGCGUCCGCCUCUCGCGCCUCCAGCAGCAGAUCAACCCCGCGAAGAGGAAGAAGGUGGAGACGUCUCCGUCGUCGCCUUCAGCUGCUCUCGAGAAGGGUGUGGGCGAGUGGAGGUGGAUUGAGUACUCGCUUCAGGGCUACACGAUGGGCAUGGGCUUCCAGCAGGACUUCGCGCCGAGCGGCACACUCCUGUCUGAUCCCGUCAUGCCACUCGUGACCCGAGAGGCCUUUUCUGAGCUGAAGCGAAAAGGCCUGCGCGGUGCAAAGCUCUCAGCCCACGCGGUCUCAGUCGGCGGCGCGAACGCCAGCGCAGCAGACGAAGAGAAAGAGACGUUCCUGCGCUCGGAGCAACCCCCCUCCUCCGGAAUCAAAGACUUCACUGUCGGGCAGAUGGCUGUCAUCGCCGACUCUAUGCUCUUUCUUGGCUUUCACCACCACUCGCGGUUCUUCAGCCAGGUCGCCGACGUGGUUCAGCAGAGAGCAAUCGAAAGCGGCAUCGUAGAUACCCUCGACCCGCAGCAGUGUACCAGCCUGAUGGUUUUCUUUGCCGAGACACGACGCCAAACUCAGGAGGACCCUGAUGACUGCGUCCGCCGUCUCACAGAGCGGUUUGUGGAUGCCUUGCUGUGCGAAGUGGCGUCUCCGGCGCACUGCCUCCUGUUUUUCAAGUCUCUGGUGAAGUGGAGCGCGACGAAGGUCGCUCAGCCGCACUGCAAAAGAAAACGGUGGAAGGAGUGGUGUAACACAUACCGCCCCCUUGCCUGGCUCCACGCUGCCCGGCCUGAGCACUCCGCAGACACGCGGCCCUUGCUGUUGGCGGUCUGCAAGCAUCUAUGCAAGCGUGUGCACUGCUUCAGCAUGAAGGAGCUCACAGGGAUGCUUCGGUCGAUCGCCUACGUCGAUUUCCGUGAGGAAGCCUUUUUCAAGGUCUUCGUCGACUACCUAAAAGAGCGGCUAGGAGACAUGCACGAGGAGGACAUUGCAAAUGUAACUCAAGCGUUCAACAGAGCGAAGAUCGAAGAACCUCAUCUCUUCUCGCUUAUGGGGAAACGCUACCAGCAUCUUCAGGCCAGUGUGAUGGCUGUCAAGCGCCGGGGUGUGCUUGUUAGGAGGAUCGGCUAG